AUGUUCACGACAUACGACUAACCAAAAUGAGGUUAGAUUAGCAGCUAUUACAGUCAUGCCGAGAUGGCUUUCGAGAAAUUCAGCCUGCUAUGAAGGUAUCUGUUAUAAAGCGGGUGGCCGCUUGACUGCAAUUGGCCCGGUGCUGUCUCGAAGGACAUCAGGUACUGCUGUAAUUCCGGGAUCAGAGAACUCCACGCAUCAUGCGACUACGUCGAGUGAACGGUUACAAUUUAGCAGUCCUAGGCCGUACACAUCGUCCGUGUCGAACAGGCUACGGCGCCUAGCACUGAGUGUGCGGAGAAAGGAUGAGGAUGCGUUCAAGUAUGUACUCGGUCGCAUCGCGAAGCACUGGACUCUGGAAAUGAGCAAACUGCUGAGGCGGCAUAAUCCCUUCUUGCCGGUUCCCGGAUGCGCACCCACUACACCAACCUUGGAUAUCUCCACCAGUGACCUUGGCAUCCAUAACCAUAUAGCAGCAUCUCGUAACCAUAGCAAGCAUGUUAGCAAAGUACGGUCUGUACAUAGUGCCGCGGACAACCACGACCCAUCGAACUGGCAGAAUGGCGACAGGCGUCCGGAUUGGCAAAACGCCUAUACCCAGUCAAUACAGGGUGUAUCACCACUGCAGCAAGCCAUUGAUAUAGCAGCAGAGCUAGCCAGCGGCAAGUAUUCAAUGGAUGAUGUCGCUGCGGCAGAGGCCAUCACAGAUGCUCUGACCCAGUGUUCCGCGCAGCAGCUCCUGACUUUAAAAGAGGGACCGGAGGCCGAAACUUGGAACACGAGUGUUUCUGCAAUUUGCAAGAAAUUCCAGAAUCUGGCGAGCAGCAAGGUGGACAUAGCUGUCACUCUACCAAUCAUGUGUGCUCUGUCCAGACUGUAUAGCCUCAUACCAUGGUGUGAGAAUGUUCAGGACACAUGUAACAAAGUUUUCCUAUUUGUGGAGACGCGUAUGGACAUGCUGAACUGCAAUCAGAUGUGCAGCUUGGCGCACGCCCUGGCGAAUGCGCAGAUUCGCAAAGCAUCCGCAACAACACGUGUACUGGGCAGAGUUGACCAGUUCGCCUCGUCAAUGCUGCCAGCCGACAUAGUCAACACAUCUAUGGCACUUCUAUCUCUAAUGUCCCUUGACGACCAUGCAAACCUGCUGAAACUUGGCUCUGUUCUCUCGUUUGUACUGCCGUUGGACUCUGCAGUGACUGGUUCGGGUCUCCACACACUGACAGAGCUUUUGCAUCAGCUUUGGCCCGUCAGAGAGACCGUGUCUUGUUACACGGAACUGGCAGCAGGGUUGGUACCUGUGCUUGCGAAUCGCAUAUCAAUGGCCAUUCCGGAGCCGUGGGUGUUUUCCUGCUUGCAGAACUUCCUGCGCGUGUUGCCAUGUAUUCCGAAUGAAGCUGCCAGCCUCCGGUCAUCAUUGCACUACUUCCUGUCGUUGUGCGCGCCAUCGCUCUCCGCAGAGAAGAUUCUCCUGUCUGCAAAGAUCCUCUCUCAGGAUGAUAGACUGUCGCCGCCUUAUCUGCACCCAAACUUCUACACAAGUGUAGUGCGGUGCAUAGUCGAGGACAUUGCCUAUCUCUCCAAUACUCAGCUGAUAGACCUUCUGCAGUGCUUGAAAGUUUUCAAGAUGCUGCACUACAACGUUGCUGCAUUUGUGGCGCAAUCAACAUUUCCUCGCGCCGCUUCCCUGAGUGCUGAUGAGUUCUGCCAGUUGCUCAGCGUUCUGGAAUACCCGGGGAUGUCCAGCGGCUUGAAAGCAUUGGAAGCGGCACUGGGGUCUCAAGAGAAGAAAACGUUGCUCUCUGCCUGCUUACCAACACUGAAACUAAACUUUAGACCAGCACUUUCUGCAUUCCUUAUGCCAGAGUGCAGGAGGAGGUUCCAUGAGCUAUCAGAUGCCGAGAUCAGCUCCAUGAUGUGCGCCCUGGCCCACAAUAAUGUACCUCUUGACAUUCUGUAUCCAUAUCUAGAUCGUGUUCAGGCCACUACGGACUGGAAUCAACGUCUCAGUAUUCUCUACAUUGUGUCGGAAUCAUCGCACGGCAGAACGCCAGACAGAGCCUUCCAGAACAUUGUCACUCAAGCCUGUCAUGCUGUGCUGGAUGGUCUUGAGCAGAACGUUGAAGCCGACAAG